AUGCACUACCACUAUAACAUUCUCCACAAAAAUUAUGAACUUAAACUGUUGGAGACAAUUCAGGAAACUGAAAUUGAGGAACAAUUUCCUACUUUGGAGAACUUAAUGGAGAAUUUGAAGCAAUUGCCGGCAGAAAUAAAGGAUAAUGUGCGCUUUUUUGGAGGCGGGUUAAUUAAUCACAAUUUUUUCUUUGCCCAUCUUACUAAAUUCAAAUCCAACCAAAAAGAACACGAACGAGAGGAAAAAAUUAGUCUGGCCUUCCUAAACCUUAUUCAGGAGGAAUUUACUAACCUGGAAAAAUUGAAAAAAGAAUUGAUGGCCCUUGGUCUUUACAUUUACGUCCACUUAUUGCCAUUGACGUCUGGGAACAUGCUUAUUAUCUCGACUAUGGAGCCAACCGAAAAGAGCGCUCUUGAUGGUCUUGUUCUCAUGCUUGCGCUCCCACCCCCUCCCAGAAAAGUGAGGAAAUUAUUUCCUAAACUGUUCAUUCCAAAUAAUCUUACCAUAGCCAUUAUAAACAAAACGACCAUGGCGCAAGAAUUCAGCACUAAUAUUGGAGAGGAGAGUAGAGAUAAAUAUCGGAAUGACCCAUUUUCAUCACUCUGUCCCGGGCGUUCCGGGUUGGAACCAAGAGUUGGUGCGGUCAAAGAAAGCCGGAUGGUAAAAAAGAAAGAAGUUGAACAUAACAAACAUGAAGCCAUUAAAGAACAUAUACUUAACCAGUGGUGA